UCUCUCUCUCUCUCUCAGAGUUCUUCGUGUUCUUCCCACAAACCCUAGAACGGCGAUGUCUUUGUUUUGUCCAGUUUCAGUGGCCACUCUUCCUUUCCGUCCGGCUAGAUCUCCGGCCGCGAGUCUCCAAACUGGUGCCCAGAGAGUGACUUUUGGUCGUAGCCAUCAGUUCAGCCGCCUCAUUUCAUUCUCGAGCACUUGGGCGCUUACACCCUCCUCGAAUCUGCUUAGCCUCCUCGAAUCUGAGAUCGAAAGCUCCGUUAUUAACGAAGACGCUUCUGACAAUGACGAGUUGCCAGAAUGGUUUCCUUUCCAAAUGAUUGAUCGUCCAACUGAACGAGUUCUGCAUCUGACUAGGAAGUUUGGGGAUGAAACCAUUCUUGUCCUAAUUGACCGACCAAAGGUUCCUCAAGAUGAUGAAGAACUAGUAUUUGGGAUCCCCAUGGGUGUCUAUGUGUCGAAAGAUGAUGAUGGUCUCCGUCUCAAGUUUGGAGUCAAAGCUUUCGCCGAUGAAAUUGUCAUUGACAGUGUAGCUGUCCAACAACGCCGAGAAUCUAAGUGGUCCUACCAAGGACCUGACAUUGAUGACUUGGAUGAGAAUUUGCAGAAGGCUUUCAACAAGUUUUUGGAGAUCAGAGGGAUCAAUCCCACCAUCACUGACUUUUUGGCAGAUUAUUUGGCCAACAAAGACAAGAGAGAGCAUCUUCGAUGGCUCAAGGAUGUCAAGUCUUUUGUUGACAUCUUAAAACUCUCAAAUAAGAGUGAAACUUGUAAGUGAGUUUUAUGUUUUAUGAACUUGUUAUCACCAUUAUCAAUAGUUGUUGAUUUUGGUCAUUAUUAUUCAGACUUUAUGUAAUAUAUCCGAAGUAUCAAACCAUUUCAUUUGGCAUCA